CUGCUGAAAAAAAGUGAAAACCCCGUUUUUCUUCUGCUCCACUCAACUCUCUUUCCUUUUCCAUCUAUAAAUCCCCAAACGAGACAGCGAAGGAAAUCCAUAAACAAAUCAACUAAACUUCAAUUCUCUUCGCUUCAGGUUUCCAUUAUUACAAUGCAAAAGAGUGCUUCAGCUUCGUCUUUGGGUCCAGGCGGUCUGGACCUCACUCAAGCCUUCUUCAAGCCCAUCCAGAACACUGCCCCACCUUCCCCUACCAAGCGCCACACAAAGAUCUCCGUCAUCGGAGUCGGUAACGUCGGCAUGGCGAUCGCCCAAACCAUCCUCACUCAAGACUUGGCCGACGAACUCUCCCUCGUCGACGCCAAGGCCGACAAGCUCCGCGGCGAAAUGCUCGAUCUCCAACACGCCGCCGCGUUCCUCCCCCGCACCAAGAUCAACGCUUCCGUUGAUUAUUCCGUCACCGCUGGAUCUGAUCUGUGUAUCGUAACUGCUGGCGCCCGUCAGAACCCUGGCGAGUCUAGGCUGAAUCUGCUGCAGAGGAACGUAGCUCUGUUUUCGAGCAUUAUACCUCCACUAGCAAAGUACGCGCCAGAUUCGAUUCUAUUGAUUGUGUCGAAUCCGGUGGAUUUGCUAACUUACGUGGCUUGGAAACUGUCGGGAUUUCCAUCGAACCGGGUCAUCGGUUCGGGAACAAACUUGGAUUCGUCGCGGUUUCGGUUCUUGAUCGCUGAUCAUUUGGACGUCAACGCUCAGGAUGUGCAGGCCUACAUAGUUGGUGAGCAUGGAGACAGUUCGGUGGCACUGUGGUCUAGCAUUAGUGUUGGUGGAGUGCCGGUGUUAAGCUUCCUAAAGAAUCAGCAAAUUGCCUACGAAAAGGAGACCCUUGAGAACAUUCAUAAAGCAGUUAUUGGCAGUGCAUACGAGGUGAUAAGUCUCAAAGGAUAUACGUCUUGGGCAAUUGGCUACUCCGUGGCUAGCUUGGCUAGAACCCUGCUUAGAGACCAGAGGAAAAUCCACCCAGUUUCAGUCCUUGCAAAGGGGUUUUACGGCAUCAACGGUGGUGAUGUGUUCUUGAGCUUGCCGGCGCAGCUUGGUAGGGGUGGCGUCUUGGGCGUGACCAAUAUCCAUUUAACGGAUGAAGAGGUGCAAAGGCUUAGGAAAUCGGCAAAGACUAUUCUUGAAUAUCAAAGCCAGUUGGGACUUUAAAGAGCAAUGGACGUUACUCUGGUGUUGGCACCUUUUCAAAGGCCUUUUUAACUUAUGACUUCCAGUUGAUUCAGAUUUCAGUCGGUUGUUUCAAUUUAAUAUAAUUGGCCUUUUGCUUCAUUAGUAAAGGCUUAAUUUUCUCUUUGUAAUGCAUUAAUAUAUCAUUGCUUCCAUCUUCUAGACUUCUA